AUGCGCGACACGAACAUGCAGUCUGGAAUGUACUCCGCUUAUCCCAGCAUGGACUGGUGGAAGGAGAAGUGGGACGCGCUUCCGCUCGAGACGAAAUCGGCUUCGCCGGUGCCCGAAAUCAAGGUCACUGGUGCAUCGAGCCCUUGGUCCGUGCCAGUGCCAGGGCCCAUGUUCAGUCCUCGUGAAGGCAGUUUUACCAUCGAAGACGUCUGGGAGUCCCAUUCGCAUCACUCGCAUCAUUCGCAUCAUUCGCAUCACUCCCAUUUUUCGCACACCUCGGAGCACUCCGACUGGACCAGUGAGCCCAAGUACGUCCAGCUUGCGGACGCCCAAGAGCCGAAAGAGCCGAAAGUUCGGCACCUGCACAGUGGCUAUUUGGGCUACCAGGGCAAACGACCUGAGCCAGGUAUGAAGCCGGUCAGUCCUGCCCCGGGACUUUCCAAUGACCAUGGUUUGUCGGGACAACGACUCAAGCGCGUGAUGCAUGUGAAGCAAGCCCCCAUCUACAAAUAUGCAGAGUGGUGCACCUAUUGGGUUGAGAAUGGAGGCAGGGCUUUGGAAGACCCGACAACGCCUCGUUCGGAGUUGACGAAGUCCGAGUUCGAUGUUCAGUACGGAGCUUGGAGGAAAGCUCUGGUGGAAGGGCCACCUCAACGCGAGCGCGUUGAGUAUCGCUCCGCUCCCCGGGUUUUGGCGUUGAAUGAACACGUGCGUUGA